UCUUGUGUUAGUGCAGAGAGGGACCGUGUCUCUUUGUUCCAAUCUCAAUUUCUGUCUCCUCCACAAUCUGUAUCUGCAGUCUCGCUGUAUCCUCUCUCUCGUUAUUCCAUUACAGUAUUACAUAGGUCUGGAUGACUGUAAAGACGGCAAUAUGGCUGUAAACCUCAGCAAGAAUCGACUGAACCUUUUAACCGCCUAUCAAGAUGUUAUCAACGAGAAAUCCUCCACCAACUGGGCGCUGUACACAUAUGAAGACAGCACUGAUGACCUGACACUGGCGUCUUCAGGGGAUGGGGGUCUGCCAGAGAUCACAAUGAGCUUCGACAACACACGGGUCAUGUACGGCUUCUGCAGCAUGAAAGAGCCAAACGCUGUACUGCCACGCUACGUCCUCAUCAACUGGGUUGGUGAGGAUGUCCCGGAUGCCAGGAAGUGUGCAUGUGCCAGUCAUGUGUCCACGAUCGCGGAGUUCUUUCAGGUCAGUCUCACUGAGGGAGUGGACGUCGUCGUCAAUGCCAGCAGCAUGGAGGAUAUCGACCCCGUGGCUAUCGGCCAGAGACUGACCAACGGGACAGCUGUGAUCGCCAGUCCUGUGCUGAGCCGACUGCGAAUAAGAGAGGAGGAGCAAACGCAGCCUGUGGGCACCUGCUAUGAGAAGACGAACGCUGAGAUCGAAAUGAAGAAGAUCAAUAGGGAGGAGUUCUGGGAACAAGCCAAGCGCGACGAGGAGAUGCGGAAGGAGGAAGAGAGGAGGAAGGCUCUGGAGGAGAGGCAGCGGUUUGAGGAGGAGCGCAUGGAGCUGGAGAGGAGAGAGCAGGAGGAGAGAGAGAAGAGGUACCGUGAGAGGGAGAUGCAGAUCGAGGAGCACAGGAGACAGCAGCAGAGCAAGGAGGUUGAGGAUGUGCAAGAAAGGACGAAAGACCAGUCCAUUUUUGUAGAACAGGAGGAAGAGGCCAGUCAGCAGCUCAAGAAGAUGGAGUCGGAAGUAGAGGAGGCAGCAGCGAUCAUCGCGCAGAGGACAGACAACCCGCGCGAGUACUUCAAGCAGAGAGAGCGGGCCGUGGCCAUCAACUUUGACAGCUCUCCUCUUUCCAGCCACAGGGCAGGCCGCUUGGAGAGCCCGUUCUUGAAGCUGCACCACAGUCUUCCUGAGCCCGCCUCAUCCCCCCCUUGCUCCCUGCAGCUGUCGCCCGCCCUGCCCCUCACCCAGCUGCAGCCCAGCCUGCCGGAUGAUGACCUCAUCAAUACCAGCUCUGACCGGAGCCCCACCCCUCUCUUAUCCACACCCAUCCCCAGAAUCGUGACCACGCCCAUCUUUGAGGAGCCUGAGGAUGACACGCAGCUGGACAGCCACAGCGACUGGGCAGCCCCCCCACCCCCAGAGCCUGUCCUGCCCCCCUGUGUGGACUCAUCCUGGGACAAGCCUGUGCAGAGCGUUGCCCCUCAGAUACGCGAGGAGGAGCCCCUCAUCGCAGACUUCCGAGAGAUGACCCCCAUCCCAGAGCCAGUGCCUGCACCCCAGGACCCCACGGGCAGCCUGCUGGACCUGUGGGACAGCCCAGCCCCUCAGUGUGCUGUGGAGCAGCUGCCCCUGCUAGUGGAGGCCCCUCCCCAGGACCCCUCCUCCGCGGCCCCCCUGCCCCUGCACUCGGAGCCCCCUGCAACAGAGGAGACCUUACUGAGCUUUGACGACCUGCCUGAGCCCCCCGCCACAUUCUGUGAGGCCAAGGAGGGGGGAGACAACCCCCCCAGCCUGGUGGACAUCGCCGGCCAGCACCAGAUGACACUCAGCUACCAGCAUGCUCUGCAGGAGGCAUCACUGUCCGACAGCCAGGACAAGGGGGAGCUGCUGAUGACCAACGGAGAGACGCUGCAGAAGGAGGGGACACAGGCGAGCGAAGGAUAUUUCAGCCAAUCACAAGAGGAGGAAUUCGCCCAAUUGGAAGAGAGCUCUGCAAAAGUGGCCCCGGGACCCAUCUUCUAUAACAAGCCCCCAGAGAUUGACAUCACCUGCUGGGACACGGACCCAGUGACAGAGGAGGACGAGUACGGAGCAGAGGAGUGAAGAGGGAGAGACCCCGAGAGAAACACUUGUCUUCGAAAAACUAAUAAUGUAACAAUAAGCCUUGCAUCAAAAAUUCUGUAAAAUGAAAAGAAAAAAAAAAAAAGCUUUGAGUUCUUGUUAAAGGUGCAGCCUGUUUUUAAUUCAUUGAAAAAUAUCAACCGUGGGGAUUGUGGCGAAUCGUGUUGGGAAGGAUCUGCUUAGAAAAAGAAAAACGAACUCGCCUGCUUAAACUUACAAUCAAACUUUUGAUAGCCUUGCAUUAGAUAUUGCCUUUGAUACAGAGUUCCUGUCUGGUGUAGUGGACAGGGCUACACUCGCGUGUUUGUGAUGUUAGGGAUGAGAAGCCCAUAGAAGAAUAAGGAUACAUUUUAAAAUAAUAAAUACACUAUUUCCACAUCAUGUGCCAUUUUCUUAUUUGUUAUCAUAUUUUGUAAUUUUUGAUACUUGAUCGCUUCAGGGCUAACGAGAAGACUAGCUUGAAGGGAACUGGAGGGUUUGUUCGAUCUUUGUUUUUUAUAAUUUGGGGCAGGGAUUCAGGGAGGCCUCUCCCCUUGUGCCAGGUUUACAGGACUGACUCCCUGACUGCUGUACCCUAUGUAUUUCAGUUAGAGACACACUGCACUUCAAAAUCAUUCAAUCAGAGUGUUGAAAUUCAUAUACAUACUGUGCAUAUCGAUUUGGGUGGUUUAAUUGCAUGCUCUAUUCAGUGUUUAGAGGCUCUUUACAGCACCAGGUUCACAGAAGAGGAGGCUGUGUUUGAACCCCUAGCUGCUUUUGGUCUUAUACACCCUCUGGAAAUCAGGCUACAGCAAUUCAAAAUCCUGAAGCAGCAACACUGUGCCCUUGUAUUCCUGCGUCUCCAGUUGUUCCAGAGGGGGUACUGUUUUUUGUUGGUAUUGUAUUUAGACGAUCUGCCUAUGUUAAAUAAAACACCCAAUGCAGUCUCCAUUGUCGGAAAUCAAGCUCUUUUUCUGCCGUGUUUCAGUACUUCUAGUUUGACUUGCGCUCAUCUCUCUGUGACACAAACCCUGUCAGGGGUGGAAUGUGGGAUAUUAUUGGAGUUCAUCAGUCCUGUAAUACCAGACCUGCACAGAGGGGGAGCUAUUUACAUAUCAAUUGGAAAGAGUGUGCUGUGCAGGAUCGGAAACUAGCAAUAAAAACAAUCAAAUCAGUAUUAUUAAUACUAAUGUUUACACCUACUCUAAAGAAUGUUUUCUGUCCCAGAUCACUGAUUGUGUUGGGAUGGUGUGGCUUUCCUUGGGAGAGAACAGGAUUAGUUUGUGAAUGAGGGAAGGGAGAGGACGGGCUGUGGUUUUUAUGGGGCGUUUUUAAUUCUUUUCAGCUUUUUUGGGGGGGGGGGGUGUCAAAAUGAUUAAAAUGGAGCCGGCGUCUUUAACAUUAACUCUGGCCCUUUUGAAGUAAUUCUACUGCAUUCUACUUCUUUGUUAUUCUUCACUUCUAAACUCAGUGGAUAUGUAUAAUCCGUUCUCUCCCUCCACGCUGCUAGAUGGUACCCCCUUGAAAGGCUAGCAAUUUCCUUUGCCUUUUUUAAUUCAUAUCUUUCUUACCUUAUUUUCUCAUAUACUCCUUUCUUCUGUCCGCUUCUCACGCACUCUGUUUUUCAAAAUAAGCACAAGAUUUUUUGGUGACAUGCUAAGUGCUGAUGUAUGUUAAUAAAAGAAUUCCAGAAACCUCCA